ACCAUCCCAACUUCCAUUUCCCAUCUCCAACUUCCCCUGCUUGCUUUCCUUCGUUCAAAAAAAAGAACAGGGAAAAAAAAAAACAGAGCUUCCCAAGUUUUUAAACUUCCAUCAAUGGCCAUGAAGAGAAGUAUAGAAACGGCAGAGCUAGAGACGCUAGACAUGGCGAAAUGUCUAAUCUACCUAUCUCAUAGCUUCCGCUCCGUCACUUCCAAUUCCAAUCCCUCCUCCGCCGCCGGGGACGACGCCUUCGAAUGCAAGACCUGCAACCGGAGGUUUUCUUCCUUCCAGGCGCUGGGCGGCCACCGGGCCAGUCACAAGAAGCCUAAGAUUGCUUUACUCGGCCCAGAUAAGUUGGGCCAGGACGGGCCCAAGGUGCAGGCAAAGCCCAAGAUGCACGAAUGCUCGAUCUGCGGGGUGGAGUUCGCGCUGGGCCAGGCUUUGGGCGGUCACAUGAGGAGGCACCGAGCAGCCGCCACCAUGGCCGUGGCGGCUCCUAAGCUGCCGGCGGCGGGGAACUCGAACAAGCUGCUGCCGGUGCUUAGGAGGUCGGGUAGUUGCAAAAGCGUGUUCGGGCUGGAUUUGAACUUGUCGCCGUUGGAGAACGAUUUGCAGUAUUUGUUUGGCAAGAUGGCCCCCAAUGUUUCCAUUGUUUGAUAUCUUUCUGAUUGGUUUUCCUUUCGAUUUUCAUUUCUUUUAGCCUUACAUUACAUGUACAACAAUUGGUUGAUUCUUUGACUAACUUUGGUCCCGUCCGAUGAGGGGUUUGAUUAGUGAAUCGAAUUUUAUGGUGUUUACAACGAGUUUUUGGGUUUUUUCAUAGACGUAACUAUUUAACCUAUUAUUGAUGAUCUAAAUUAGAUGUUUGUGUCUUCGCUAUAACUUGGAAGCGAAUCAAAGAAGUAAAAAGGAAAUGGAUAGUUGAAAAUCGACAUAAAUUUACUUAUUGUGCUCCUAAAUGAUGUAUAUAUAUUUCAUAUAAUUGUCCAAAUAGAAAUUUCAAAGUACUACUCAAACAAACAUACCCUUAUCAAGAUCUCAUGCUCCCAUCACCACCGUGAAUCGAAUCAAAAUAAGUGAUGCAAAAAAAAAAAAACAAUUGUUUUGAAAGCUAGAUCGGUUGGUCAGACGAUAAUGAACCGGUAGGUCGAAAACUUAUCGUAAUGAUUAGUUAUUCAAAUCAAAUGAAUCGACGUACCGAUUCAAACUACAGUUACUCAAUAGCAAAUCGAGUUGUUUACCGCUUGUGCCACAACUAUUUAGAAGAAAUAAAUAUACUUAAUUCAAAGUACUUUAUAUUUUCAUAAAGGAUCAUGACAGUGGCGGAGCCAGGAAUCUAAAUGAGGGGGGCUAAAAUAAUUUACGUUCAAAGGUUUGAAAUGGCGAGGGGGGCUAAAGCCUUACCACCUACUUCUAUUAUCCAAAUGUGUUGUAAAAUUUACAAGUAAAUUUACACAAUUAUGAGAGUUGAGGGGGGGCUUAUAGCCCCUCUUGCCAACAACGUGGCUCCGCCACUGGAUCAUGACAUAGUGUAAAGUUUAGAUUUUAAUAAUUAAAUCAUUCUUUUUUUUAGAACCAUAAUAUUUUAAGUUUAUAUUUUUAAUUUUUAUACACAUCUUUGUUUACUUGAAAUGUAUUUUAUUUUGGAUUUAUGGUUUAUGCAUAUCUUACUUAUAAUAUUAUUAUUUUAUGAUGCACCGGUUUGUAAAUGAAUUUUUGACGAUUUAGUAGCCUUUAAACAUUUAAAGGGUUAACCACUCGCUACACCUGUACAUACUCUGGUUCGGAUAUGAUAAUAUUAAAAAAAACAUACGAUCCAAAAAUCCAUAACAAAUGAACUUCUGAUUCCAUCACGGACUGGCUAAAUGGGGUAUCGGUAUGACCAUGUCUCAAAAUAAACCAAAAUUUGUUAAAAUCGAAACCCAAAUUCGUUAUGUCCAUGGUGGAAACAAAAUUCAUUUUUUUUAAACACAAAAAUAUUAGGGAUUGAAAUUUGCUAUGUCGACUGCAAAGGGGAGUCGAAUAGGGGUGACUUUCGAGUUAUGACUCUAAGAAACAUUUGGAAAUUUGAGUGAAGGGUUGUUUGCGAUAAGCGAGAAUUGAGAUGUUUGGAAUUGCGACUUUGGUUGAUCUUCAAUAUUGAAUUUUCCCUUAACCAAAGUCCAAAACAUGUGAUUAUACUUAUGGUGGCUAUCGGGUUGCUUAUCAGUUAACCAAUAAGCAAAGUUAGCUACAACCAAUAACUACAGUGGCGUAGCCAGAAGCUCAAAACAAAUGUAUCGUUUUACAAGAUAUAUGUAUAUGAAUAAAUAUCCAACAAAUUCAUAUUCAAAUAAUUCAUUCACGAAAUAAAACUAAAUUCUUAAG